AUGAGUUCAGAAAAUGCCUACCAUCAAGAGAACGGAGAAGGACAUUUUGAUAACCAUGUUCAAAUUGAUAAUACUUCUUCUGGUGAAAUUACAGGGGUAUCUGUAGAAGGUGGGGUCAACUCCCAUAAUAAUACAUCUGAACAAAGUGGACUUGAAAAGAGUUCCGACAAUACUCAGCAAUCUGAAAGUGGAGAACAUCAAUUGUCACAACUUUUAGAGAGACAUAUAUCAGUACCUAAGCAAGAAUCCAACCUCAGUAUAGAUGACAUAGAUAAAAUGAUAUCUGAAUCGAUCAGACAAGGCAAUGACAUACCUAACUCUGAAUAUACUGAAGGGAUUGAAAAAAGAAGAAGGGAUGAGGCCGAAGAACUUGAAGGUAAUGAUGUCCAUAAAAGGCAGAGACAAGUGGUCGAGGAGCAAAAUGUAGAUAAUUCUAAAACUGCUGAGGAGCUUGAAUUAGAAUUUGAGAAAGCCAUUGAAGAUCAUCAUAGAGAGUCAUCCGCUCCACCUGCUGAAAUAUCACAGGUGAAUAGUGAAGAAACCGCAGAAUUGCAAAUGAUUGCUAAUGAGCUACAAGAGGCUACUGGUGCUGGUGGUCGAAAAGACCCUGCACAACAACAGUUACAUCACGAUCAACAGCAGCAGCAAUUGCAACAUAAACAACAACAGCAGCCUCAGCAGGGUCAACAGCAGCAGCCAGAAGCUCAACUUCAACAACAGGUUACGCUUCAAGGACCACAUCAAGAUAAACAGCAGCAAUCACAUACUGUUCAGCAUUCUCAUUCGCAUCAAACCCAACUCCAACAUCAGCAUAAGCCACCACAACAAGAUGGUUCAGAGAUUGUAGCUCAUGAACAAGUACCAGCUGCAAACUAUCUUGUAGAACAGAAGAAAGAUCAACUGGCGCAUGUAACCCCAUUGCAAAAGGAUCAGUCUAAUGACCAAACUUCCGACCCUUCUCAGCAAGAACAUCAACCAGGACAUGACCAAAAGCAAAAGCAACAGUCAGUUGAACAACAUGAAAGACAACAAGAACAGAAUGAUCCAGUUUCAACUACGCGUCAAGAUAAUUCUAGAGAUAAUCAUACGGAACAACCAAAUCAAAACGAACAAUCUAAGCCACAAUCAGCUGGUGUAGUUGUUCAUGAGGGCCUUAGUGUUCCCGCUGAUUCAGAACUAUUGAAUACAAAUACUGCAUUGGCAGCUUACAAUGCUCUCUCAAGUCAAUUACCACCACUUGCUACGUUGGCUAGUGCCCAUCUUGCUGCCUUGCCAUUACCGAUAGCUUCCCCUGAUUUUUUGCCUCCGCGUAUUCAGUUAUUGAUAAAUACAUUGCCUACAUUGGAUAACCUUGCAUCACAGUUAUUGAGGAUUGUGGCAAUAGGACCAUACCAAAAGAUUCUUGAUUUGGUAGCACAGCCAGAUACACCUGCUGGGGCAACAUAUAGGGAUUUAACAUCUCUCUUUGAAUUUACUAAGAAGUUGUAUUCAGAAGAAGAUCCAUUUUUAUCAGUGGAACAUUUAGCACCUGGUAUUUGGAAGAGUGGAGAGAAAACACCAUCUAUGUUUAGAAAUAGAGAACAAAGUAUUGAACUGACAUUAAGAAAAGUGAAUUUAGCCACAUUCCUUGGUGCAACUUUAGGUACAUUAGAAGUUGGAUUCUUUUACCUUAAUGAAUCAUUUUUAGAAAUUUUUUGUCCAGCAAAUAAUCUUGAUCCUGAAAAUGCAUUAUCUAAUAUGAGUUUCAAUAACAUGAGCUUACAAGGUGGUUUAAAUACCGCCAUUGGUGACACAGUGGGGAAGUUAAUGAAACCUCAAGCAGUUUUAUAUCUUGAUUUAAAAACUCAGGCAUAUAUUUCUGCCAUUGAAGCUGGAGAAAGAUCAAGAGAAGAUAUUUUAGAAGAUAUUUUACCAACCAACAUAGAAGAAGUUUUAUUGCAUAGAAGAGGUACCAAAACACUUACACCUACAGAACUUGACUUUUCUGAUCGUUGUAAAACUAGAAAGGAGAAUUUACUCAACUAUCCUCCAGACAAGGAUCUUAGUGAAGAAUAUGAAUGGCUUUCAUUUUUGAAAGAACUUUUCGAGUAUUCAUCGAAAAAUAUGGGAUUCUUGAUAUGGGGUAAAAAGGGUAGAAUGACAAGAGAAAGAAAUAUUGGUGAUACAACAAGAUUAUCCAAUGUAGAUCACAUGAGUUCGCGCACUCCACAUAGUCAAGAACUUCUUACAUCUGAUGAAAAGGCAAGACAAGAAGAAGCUGAGGUUGAAAGACAAAGAGUACAAGAAGCCAUUCGUAGCCAUGAUAUUGAUGAUAUUGCCCGUUCUUUAUUACCAUCAGAAAUUCAAGAACAACAAAUUCACCUCCGGAUAAACCCACUUUCAAAUGUAAGAAAUCUCCUGAGACGUCCAUGGACUAGAGAUGAAGAAAAGGCAUUGAGACAUGCUUUAGAGUUAAAGGGACCACAAUGGGCGACAAUUCUUGAACUUUUUGGUGCUGGGGGAAAGAUUUCUGAAGCAUUAAAAAACAGAACUCAAGUUCAACUCAAAGAUAAGGCAAGAAACUGGAAGAUGUUUUUCUUAAAAUCUGGGUUACCAGUUCCUGCCUAUUUAAUGAAAGUGACUGGUGAUCUUGAAAGAGAAGAUAAACUGAAAUCGAAGGUAUCUAAAAUGAGCAAGAAAACUGCCGCUGCUCCAGUUCCUAGUCCAAUUGCUAAAGUUCAAAAAUCUACAUAG